GGGCUCUCUGCCGACCCAGAGACCUUUGCCAAGAACCGUGAGCUCGAAGUGAUCCACUCCAGGUGGGCCAUGCUCGGAGCUCUCGGGUGCGUCUUCCCCGAGCUCUUGGCCCGCAACGGUGUCAAGUUCGGCGAGGCAGUGUGGUUCAAGGCCGGAGCCCAAAUCUUCAGUGAGGGCGGGCUCGACUACUUGGGCAACCCUAGCUUGGUCCACGCGCAAAGCAUCUUGGCCAUCUGGGCCACCCAAGUCGUCUUGAUGGGCGCAGUUGAGGGAUACAGAAUUGCUGGAGGCCCACUUGGUGAAGUUGAAGACCCACUUUACCCAGGAGGCAGCUUCGACCCAUUGGGCCUUGCUGAUGACCCAGAAGCAUUUGCUGAGCUUAAGGUGAAGGAGCUCAAGAAUGGUAGGCUGGCCAUGUUCUCUAUGUUUGGCUUCUUUGUUCAGGCCAUUGUUACCGGAAAGGGUCCAUUGGAGAACCUUGCAGACCACCUUGCUGACCCAGUUAACAACAAUGCCUGGUCAUACGCCACCAACUUUGUUCCCGGCAAGUGAAUGAGGCUUUAAGAGACUUGUAGUGUCCUCAUUUGAAAUUUGAGUGGGUUUUGAGUGUGGAAUUGUUCAUGUUGUAGAUUGAUGUGAACCACCCAAGUGAAGAGAAUGUGAAUUAUUAUUUAUAUAUGGGAAUCUGAAUGGAGUAAAGUUCUUAUCUUUUUGUUAUUUCAAUACAUUUUGCGCAUUGAUUGGAUUGAAAUAUAAUCAAACAUGGCAGAAAGGCGACCCCUGCACUUCAAUUUCUUCUCUUCUCUGAAACAGGUUGAGAAGAGAUUGAAAUUAGAACACCAAUCUGUGCAAUCCACUCCAUCACAAUCAAAAUUGCUAGAAAGCAAUAAGUUAAUUACAGAAUCACUAAGCUCACCCAUAUACCUUGAUUUGGAGCAAUCCAACAAGAACAACCAUCAGGGCUCUAGUACACUCCAAGACAGUAGUGAAGCCCCUGAAGCAUUUCUUUCAUGCUCUCCACAGUUCAUACAGACCCAAGAGAACCCAACUCAGCCAAAUUCCCCCAAAACUGUUAGUGACACUGAAACUGAAUCUGUUGACGAUAUUGAGCAGUUGAUUCAACUCUUGGGUUUGUCUAGUUGUCAAGAAGGAGAUGAAGAAAAGGCUGGUUUGGACUUCAAGUGUGGAGGUAGUGAAAAUGGGGGAAAUUCUUGUCAUUGUGAAGGUGGGUUUUAUGAGAAGAUUGUUGGGGUGAAGGGGCCAAAGUGUGGGAGAGAAGUGGAGAGGUUGGAGGGUUGGAUUAACUACUUCCUGAAUGGUCAUGGGGAGGGAAAGAUUGAGCCUUUCAGGUUGGCACAUUUGUUUUUGUGUAAAGCUGCUUUUGCUUCAGAGGGUGCUGAUCAUGGUUUUGGAGGGUUGGAAUUUCCUUCCACGAUUGGGGAUUAUCUGCGCAACGAUCCUCCAACAGAUUAAUAUGGCACAAGAUUUACUUUGUGUUAUUGUCACUCUUAAAAGAUGGUGCUUCAUAGUUUCAUAUAUCAGCUUGAUGUAAGGUACGGAUGUUGAGAAUAUUACAUUUACAGAGUUUCUUUGCCAAAUGUUCUUAAUCCUUUUUCCAACAGUAGUAUGAUUGUAUUCAUCAAAUAUUUGAUGUUGCUUUCAUUUUUACAUGGUGCACAAACAUACAUGAUUAGCUAUUAGAAGCAGGAGGAAAAGAGUAAGAUGAUGAGAAAAUUCAGAUACCUUUUUAUCUUUUAUCUUAUUGGAUGCUAUGAACUCAAUUUUCAUUCAAAAAGCUUCAAUGGUUGGUAUCCAAGUAACUGCUGGACUUAUGAAAUUAAAGAUCAGGAUUUGAUUUUACAAAAUCAUGAAUAAAUUUGC